AUGGCACUAAUUAAACAAUUGCCUUUCAUCCUUACUAUCUUCAUUGUACUAUUAUUUUCUUCGAAUGUUGUCUUAGCUUCUGCUUCUUCAGCGGUCCAGACAAAAGGACAAGAAGCAGAAUCUCUUCUCAAAUGGAAAGACAGCCUUGAUGAGCCCACUAAUUGCCUCCUUUGCUCUUGGAAUUUUGUUCCUCGCAAUUCCACUUCUUCUGACCCCAAAACUGACAUCAGUAGUUCCCCUUGCCAGUGGAUUGGGAUCGCUUGUGAUGAGUCUGGAAAUGUCAUAUAUAUAAACGUUUCCUUCAGUGGUUUAAGAGGUACUUUACAAUCCUUUAACUUCUCAUCUUUCCCUAGCCUUGAGCGUCUUGAUCUUUCUCACAACUUUCUCCAUGGAAGCAUUCCUUCCCGCAUCAGUAACCUUUCCAAGCUCAUCUAUCUAGACUUGGCUGUCAAUAAUUUCUCUGGUAAUAUACCAUCUGAGAUAGGGAUGUUAAAAUCUCUCGUUGUGCUUGUUUUUUCUCAAAACAAUCUGACAGGUCCUAUUCCUGCUUCUAUAGAAAACUUGAUUGAACUAAGUCUUCUAGACCUUCAUCAUAAUAAACUUUCUGCUUCAAUCCCACAGGAAAUUGGGAAGUUGAGGUCACUCAAUGUUACUCUUUUGUCUCACAAUAAGCUCACAGGUCAACUUCCUGCUUCCAUAGGAAAUUUGGGCAAACUUACUAUCCUGCACCUUCAUGACAACAGACUUUCUGGUUCAAUUCCUAGGGAAAUUGGUAUGUUAACGUCCCUUAAUGUGCUUGCUUUGACAAACAACAGUCUCACAGGUCCUAUUCCGGCAACUGUAGGAAACCUGAAAAGAUUAACUUGGCUUUACAUUGCAAACAACAAGCUUAGUGGAUUCAUUCCUAAGGAAUUAGGAUCACUAACCUGUCUUAGUGAGCUUUCUUUGCAUUCUAAUAGUCUUCAAGGUCCAAUCCCUGCUUCUAUAGGAAACUUGAGCAACCUAAAAUUUUUAGACCUUGGUUUCAACAACCUUUCAGGAUCCAUCCCUCCAGAAGUUCUAUUGCUGAAAUCCCUAGACCGGAUUGGAUUGAAUGACAAUGGGUUGACAGGUUCAAUUCCUACUUCCAUUGCAAAUUUAGGCAGUAUGAGAUUUCUGUACCUUUAUGAUAAUCAUCUUUCUGGACCUAUCCCUCAAGAAUUAGGAAAGCUGCAAUCUCUUAUUGAGCUUGACCUGUCAACAAACGAUCUCAGCGGUCCCAUCCCUCCUGCUAUAGGAAAUUUGAGCAACUUAACUCUUCUGUACCUUCAUAAGAACAUGCUUUCUGGAUCAAUUCCUUCCACCAUAGGGAACUUAACCAAGCUCAGAGAGUUGGAACUAUCAAUCAAUCAUUUUUCUGGCCAAAUUCCUCCAGAAGUAGGAAAACUCAAGUACCUUACCGACCUUAGGUUGUUCAUGAAUAAUCUUAGUGGCCCAAUCCCUCAAGAAAUAAAUAAUUUUACAUCUUUAAAAUCAUUGCAAUUGGCUGACAAUAUGUUGUCUGGACAUGUACCUCAAAACAUAUGCCUUGGUGGAGUACUUGAAAUUUUUGUCAUAGGUAAUAAUAGUUUUGUGGGUUCCAUACCAAAAAGCUUGAAGAACUGCACAAGCUUAAUCAGAGUUAAGCUUGAAAGAAAUCAACUGGAUGGGCACAUAUCAGAAGAUUUUGGCAUAUACCCAAACUUAAAAUUCAUCGAUCUGAGCUACAAUAAUUUGCAUGGUGAGCUUUCAAACAAUUGGGGGCAUUGUCAUAAUUUAACAUUCUUGAAAUUUUCCAACAAUAGAAUUUCUGGUGGGAUACCACCCGAGGUUGGGAAAGCAAAUCAAUUGCAGGUACUUGACCUCUCCACAAAUUGUCUGGUAGGGAAGAUUCCCAAGGAACUAGGGGAAUUGAAGUUGUUGUUCAAUCUUAAAUUGAACAAUAACAAACUUUCAGGUAAUAUUCCCUCGGAAAUUGGAAUGUUAUCCAAGCUUACUGAUCUUAGCCUUGCGGCAAAUGAUCUCAGAGGACCAAUUCCAGAACUGAAAGACUGCUCAAAACUGCAGUUAUUGAACUUAAGCAAAAACAGGCUCAGUGAAAGUGUUCCAUUUCAAGUGGGCAGGUUCCUCUUUCUUCAAGACCUUGACCUAAGUCACAAUUUGCUUGAAGGAGAGAUACCAUCGGAGCUUGGAUAUUUGCUUGACUUAGAGACGUUAAACCUUUCCCAUAAUGAACUCUCAGGCUCCAUCCCAUCCACUUUCAAUGAAAUGUUGAGCUUAACUAUUGUUGAUAUCUCCUUCAAUCAAUUGGAGGGUCCACUUCCCAACAACAAAGCCUUCAGCUGGGCACCAAUAGUAGCAUUGUCUAAUAAUAAAGGUUUAUGUGGCAACAAUUCUGGUUUUAAAGCUUGCCCUUGUACAAAGAUCAGCGGAAUGUGCAGAAAAGAUGGCAACAAAGCAAUUGUCUUUAUCGCAGUUUCUCUUUCUAGCACCUUAGUCCUCUUAUUUGUCAUUUCUGGAGUUCUUGCUAUUGUUGGCAAAAGAGCCAGGAAAAUAGAUGAAGCCAAAGAAGCAGGAAAUGAAAAUAUAUUUUCAACAUGCAGCUAUGAUGGGAAAAUGGUGCACGAAAAUAUAAUUGCAGCAACGGAGGGAUUCAACUCCAAAUAUUGUAUUGGAGUGGGAGGAUGUGGAACUGUUUACAGAGUGGAGCUUCCAACUGGUCAAGUUGUCGCUGUGAAGAAGCUUCACCAAUUUGAGGGGAGUGAAAUAUCCAAUCUAAAGGCUUUUACAAGUGAAAUUUGUGCAUUAACCAACAUAAAACACCGAAAUAUUGUGAAGCUCCAUGGCUUCUGUUUACAUUCACAACACUCAUAUUUGGUUUAUGAGUUCCUUGGAGGAGGAAGCUUGGGAAAGAUACUUCAGAAGAGGGUAAAAGCCGAGGAGUUGAAAUGGAUCGCGAGACUAAAUAUUGUGAAAGGGGUCGCCAGUGCCUUAUCCUAUAUGCACCAUGACUGCUCACCUCCUAUUGUUCACCGUGACAUAUCAAGCAACAAUAUAUUGAUGGAUUUGGAGCAAGAAGCUUACAUCUCUGACUUUGGUACAGCAAGGUUUUUGAUGCUAGACUCAACCCAUUGGACAUCUUUUGCUGGUACCUUUGGAUAUUUGGCUCCAGAACUUGCCUACAGCAUGGAAGCAAAUGAGAAGGGUGACGUGUAUAGCUUUGGAGUGGUAUCACUGGAAGUGAUCAUGGGAAGGCAUCCAGGGGAUAUAAUUAUGUCUCUAUCAACAUCAACACUGUCAGAUACCUGCCAAAUUCUCCUGAAAGAUAUAUUGGACCAACGCCUUCCACUACCCACAAAUAAAGAAGCAGCAGAAGUAGUUUCUAUUGUGAAAUUAGCAUUUGCUUGUCUCCAUGCCAAUCCAGGGUCUCGGCCAACCAUGCAACAAGUAUCACAAAAACUAUCAGUGAAAGUACGAGCUCUAUGGAAGCCCUUGCGAAUGCUUACUUUAGGAGAGCUUUUGUAA